CCAUAGCCUCGCGAGCUCUUUCUCUUCUGCGGACUGGAACCCCAAGCAGCGAGAACACCUCCCCAACUCCUGCGGGCGGAGCUCGUAGCCGAGAGAGUGCCUCCUCCCACCUUCCCUAGAGGUGGGGCCCCACAGCCGCUGGUGCUCCUCCACCUUCGAUUUCCCUUGGGGGCGGGGCCCACAGACGCGCACGUUCCUCCCCUACGCACCUCCCCCAAGGGAGAGACCUACAGUCGCUCGCGCUUCUCCUUCCCCUCCCUAGGGGCGGGGCCCACAGCCUCACGAGAUCCUCUCCUCCCCUUCUCGGGGGUGGGGGGGGCCUGAGCCCUGCGUAGGAUUGUAUUCCUCCUCUCCUCUUGGGAGGGCGUGACUUAGAAGCCACGCCCCUUCACACGUCAUCCUAAAGGCGGGGUCAAGUCGUCUUGUCCUAUCAGGUGCUGGAACCAGGCGAUCGCAUCACUUCCGGCGAUCGCUGCCCGGCGUCAGCUGUGGAAUGGCGGCUCUGAGGAGCUGGGUUCUCCGCAGCGUCGGCUCAUUUUUCAGGCAGAGUGUUCCAGUUGUAGCAAAGUUGAGGAGAUGCCGUUUCUCAGAUUUGGUGGGACCCUGGCACAAAACAGUGGCAGUGGGUUUUGGAGUAACCUUAUGUGCAGUUCCUAUAGCACAGAAGACAGAGACCCACUCUCUUAGUAAUGAAGCACUGAUGAAGAGGGCAGUUUCUAUGGUGACUGACAGCACCUCCACCUUUCUCUCACAAACCACAUAUGCAUUGAUUGAAGCCAUCACAGAGUACACUAGGGCAGUUUAUACAUUAGUGUCUCUGUACCGACAAUACUCAAGCUUGCUUGGGAAAAUGAAUUCUCAAGAGGAAGAUGCAGUGUGGCAGGUGAUCAUAGGAGCCAGGGUUGAGGUGUCUUCAAAACAAGAAGAGUACUUAAAGCUAGAAACGACUUGGAUGACCGCCGUCAGUCUGUCUGAGAUGGCAGCAGAAGCAGCCUACCAGACAGGUGCUGAUCAGGCUUCAGUCACGGCUCGAAAUCACGUUCAGCUGGUGAAGACUCAAGUUCAGGAAGUGCGCCAGCUCUCCCACACAGCUGAGACCAAGUUGGCCGAGGCCCAGACCGAAGAGCUGCGCCUCAACCGCCUAGAGAAGCCGGAAGAAGGGGGCUCCCCCCAGGGCCCAAGCACCGGGGGAUCUGUGCUGGCAGAGCAUGAAGAAGAGGCCUACUUGCGAGAGGACUGAGGAGGCCUGUCCCGGAGCCACUAAUACUGUGAAUAUGGUUACCUAGAUUGCCUUGGAAAAGAGAAUUAGACAGGAGCAGAAGCUGGGCUGGAGGCUAACACAGAGUGAUCCCAUUCCUGAGUUAGGCAGCAGGUUCCAAGCUCUGGGAGCCCCAGAGAUCCCAUACACCUCACCCCGUAUUUGAGUGGUGAAAUGGGAAUUGUUCAUGGCCACCCAGCUCUAAGUCAUGAAAGCUGCGCCCAGCAGCCCUCUCAGGCUCCUCUAGCUGCCUUUUCCUGGAGAGAGGCUCAGGCUUCCUCAAUCACCUGGGGGCAAGGAACACAGCCCUCUUACCAGUAAUUUAAGUAGUUAAGUUAGCCUCCCUUUUCAACCCUAGUCAGGUUUUCAAAUGUAAGUUAUUUAAGCGUUGGUUCCCUCUUGUGGGAUGUGAAUUGGGGAGGGGGGUCCUGUUUGUAGUAUUUGUUUUUUAAAAGUUCAUGCCCUCUUUGACCUGUCUUACCUUUAGUCUGAGCAUGGCUAAGAUAAGUGCCUGGCCUGGCCCUGCAAGGAGGUCUGGCUGCACAGCUGGGGAAGGUACUUCAUGAAACGUGUUUGUACUCGGCGUGAAACAGGAGUCACUUAUAUGAAA